GCCGUACCGGCCGGCACCGCCGGAGCGCCGCGGCCGUGACCCCCGCCCCUGCCGUCCGGACCACCUAUAUAACGGCGACGGCGGCACGGCUCGGCACCAGUUCUGCUCCACCCUGGAUCUCACCGCACCACCAUGAAGGUCUUCAUCGUUGCCGCCGUCCUGGCCGUGGCUGCCGCCGCGCCGGCCCCGGACACCCCCGUGUACAAGCCGGCCCCGGCUCCGUACAAGCCGGCCCCGGCCUACAAGCCGGCCCCCUACCACCCGGCCCCGGCCUACAAGCCGGCCCCCUACCACCCGGAGCCCAAGUACAAGGAGGAGCCCAAGCCGUUCGCCUACGACUACGCCGUCAACGACCACUACACGGGCACCAACUUCGCCAAGAAGGAGGAGAGCGACGGCCACAACACCCAGGGCUACUACAAGGUGGCUCUGCCCGACGGCCGCACCCAGCACGUCAAGUACGUCGCCGACCACUACGGCGGAUUCAACGCCGAGGUCACCUACGAGGGCGAGGCCCAGUACCCCGAGUACCACCCGGCCCCGGCCUACAAGCCCGCUCCCUACAAGCCGGCUCCCGCCCCCUACAAGCCCGCCCCUGCCCCCUACAAGCCUGCCCCGGUCUACAAGCCCGCCUACUAAAUUGACUGCAAUGCGGCGUUUCUUGUUUGUGUUGUGAUAUUUAUUGUCAACGCUCGUACCUGCCAUGUUUUAUAAUACAUGACUACGUUUUUCUUCCA